AUGGGGGGCCUGGGGGAGGAAGAGGAGGAUGCGGGGCACUGGGUUUGGUGGGGGUGCGAGGGGGGGCGCAGGGUGUGGGCGCAGCCCCAUACGAGUCCCCCGAGACUCCGCUUGCGCCCGCAGUCGUGCCCGGCCACGCGCCCCGACCUCCUCAACGUGCACCUGGUGCCCCACACGCACGAUGACGUGGGCUGGCUCAAGACGGUGGAGCAGUACUUCUACGGAGUGCGUAAUGAGGUGCAACACGCGGGGGUGCAGUACAUCCUGGACUCGGUGGUGGCCCAGUUGGUGGCCGACCCCUCCCGCCGCUUCAUCUACGCGGAGGUGGCCUUCCUGGCCCGCUGGUGGCGGCAGCAGGACGAGGCCAUGCGCCGCACCGUGCGCCAGCUCGUCGAGCAGGGUGCGGGGGACCCGGCGGGGGCGUCCCGGGGAGGGGAGGGGCGGCGGGCGCGGGCCCGCCGCUUCUUGCGCCGGGAGUUUGGGGCCUGCGGCACCCCCCGCGUGGCCUGGCAGAUCGACCCCUUCGGGCACUCCCGCCAGCUGGCCGCCAUCUUCGCCCAGAUGGGCUACGACGGGCUGUUCGUGGGGCGCGUGGACCACCAGGACAAGGCAACGCGGGAGGAGCUGCGGGAGAUGGAGCUGCUCUGGCGGGCGAGCGGGAACCUGCCACCCCCCGCUGCCGACCUCUUCACCGGCAUCCUCCCCAACGUCUACAACCCCCCGUCGGGGUUCUGCUGGGACCAGCUCUGCUCCGACCCCCCCGUGGUGGACGAGGACAGCGAGGAGAACAACGUGGACAGCAUCGUCUCCGCCUUCCUGCGGAUCGCUGCCAGCCAGGCCGAGCGCUACCGCACCAACCACAUCAUCAUGACGAUGGGCUCCGACUUCCACUACGAGAAUGCCAACCUGUGGUUCAAGAACAUGGACAAGCUCAUUGCCCACGUCAACGCCCGGCAAGCCAACGGCAGCCGCGUCCAUGUCCUCUACUCCACCCCGUCCUGCUACCUCUGGGAGCUGUACCAGGCCAACCUGUCCUGGUCCCUGAAGACAGAUGACUUCUUCCCCUACGCAGAUGGCCCCCACCAGUUCUGGACGGGCUAUUUCACCAGCCGACCCGCCUUCAAGCGCUAUGAGCGCCUCAGCAACAACUUUCUCCAGAUCUGCAGCCAGCUGGAGGCUUUGGCAGGGCCAGUGGCGCGGGAGGGUCCCUACGGGCCCGGGAACAGCUCUGUGCUCCGCGAAGCCGUGGCCGUGGCCCAGCACCACGAUGCCGUGACCGGCACUGAGAAGCAGCACGUGGCCGACGACUAUGCCAGGCAGCUGGCGGUGGGGUGGGAGAGCUGCCAGCUCCUGGUCGCCAACGCCCUGGCCAGCCUCAGCGGCAGCAAGGAGAACUUCAUUUUCUGCAACGCUCUCAACAUCAGCGUCUGUCCCCUGACGGAGGCAGCCGGCCGCUUCACCGUCAUCCUCUACAACCCCCUGGGCCGCCGUGUGUCCUGGCCCAUCCGGCUGCCGGCCAACGGGCCCGGCAGCGCCACGCGGGAGCUCCUCUUCCAGGCCUCCGUGCCCCCGCUGGGCUUCAGCACCUUCGCAGUCUCCCGGCUGAGCCGCGGGGACCCCCGUGCACACCCAGCCCGGGCCCCAGCGUUGUCGCAGCCUCGGGAGAUCCAGAAUGAGCACGUCCGGGUGCUCUUUGACCCCCUCACCGGGCACCUGAAGGAGAUCCAGAACCUGGACAAGAGCAUCUCGCUGCCCGUCUUCCAGAGCUUCUACUGGUACAACGCCAGUGUCGGCAACGACGAGAGCUCCCAGGCCUCGGGCGCCUACAUCUUCCGCCCCAACAGCUCCGAGCCCAUCCCCGUCUCUGGCUCCAAGCGGGUCUCUGCGCACCUGGUGAAGAACGCGCUGGUGCAGGAGGUCCACCAGAACUUCUCCUCGUGGUGCUCCCAGGUGGUGCGGCUCCAUGCGGGGCAGCCCUACGUGGAGCUGGAGUGGACCGUGGGGCCCAUCCCCGUGGCGGACGGCUGGGGCAAGGAGAUCAUCAGCCGCUUCGAGACAACGCUGCAGACGAACGCUCGCUUCUACACUGACUCCAAUGGGCGGCAGAUCCUGGAGCGCAGGCGCGACUACCGUCCUACGUGGAACCUGAGCCAGACGGAGCCUGUGGCGGGGAAUUACUCCCCCGUUACCAGCCGCAUCUUCAUCAAGGACAAGAAGUUCCAGCUGACUGUGCUGACGGACCGCUCGCAGGGCGGCAGCAGCAUCUUCGAUGGCUCCCUGGAGCUCAUGGUCCAUCGGCGGCUCCUGUACGACGACAGGAGCGGCAGACUUGGUGCCAGCCCCAAAAUUCGGGGGGCGCUCAGCUCUGCCAAGAGCUCGGGAGGCCGCAGCCGUCCCCAGGGCUGGUCCCCUCCCCGUCCCAGUCCCCGUCCUGGUACCUCGGUGAUGACGCUGAGCAUCCCCUGCAUCCGCUCCUCCGUCUGGAAGCGCCCGGGGCUGCCCUCCAGCGCCGGCUCCCAGCCCGUCACUGUCGACCUCCUGCACCUCUUCUCGGCUUUCACCAUCACCUCAGUGCAGGAGAUGAGCCUGGGAGCCGACCUGCCAAUCAGUGCCAUCUCCCGCCUGGUCUGGACCCCAGAGACAGGUCCGGCCAAGCCCCGGCCAGGCCCCAGGCUGGACCCGAGCCAGGUCACGCUGCAGCCCAUGGAGAUCAGGACCUUCCUGGCCACAGUGCAGUACAAGGUGGCUGGCACUGGCCCGGGGGGGCCGUGA